AGAAACUUCCUGAUGUAGUUCAUAGGAAGGUCACAAUGAAGGUGCCUCAAUUAACAAAGGCUAUGAAGUUUAUAUUAUAUGCACCAGGAUGAUAAUCCUUUGUUUUUGUACGAAUGAUGCCAAAAUGACAGAUAAAAAUCUAAGGCCACCAGAUUCAUCUGACAGUGGUUUCACCAACCAAUGGCCUUUGGAAGUCUCUGAGUACUUCUAUUUUGAUGAUGAUGAUGAUCCAACAGAUUCAUUUGUUUUCGGGCAUGUCCUCAGCCAGGAUAAUCAAGCCAAUGAAGUUGGUGACUUUAAAGGAACUAGGGCCAGCCACUUCGAGGGGUUUUCUAGCAGAGAGGUUGGUAAUGAACAUGAGAAAAAGGAAGUCAAUGAUAGAGUUGCAUUCAAAACAAAGUCAGAGGUAGAAAUACUGGACGACGGGUUCAAGUGGAGGAAGUACGGAAAGAAGAUGGUGAAAAACAGCCCCAAUCCGAGGAACUAUUAUAAGUGUUCAGUGGACGGAUGCCCAGUAAAAAAAAGAGUUGAAAGAGAUAAGGAUGAUCCAAGUUAUGUAUUAACAACCUACGAAGGCAUUCACACUCACCUGAGUUAUUGCUGAUUCGAAAAUUCAGAAGUUUUGUAGUUUCGUGGGCCAUAGCCACCACUAGUUCUUUUCAUCACUGCAUGUUCUCUUGCCUAGUGUUAUGAUGAGGUAUGGUAUGUCGACAACAUCAAUCAGAGUUGGUAAAUUUUCAUGGACAUCUGAAUUUUGAGGGCUAUGAAGAUUAUAAAGAGGAAACUAGCUUCUCCUCUCUCCAAUAUGGACUGUGGAAGGAACCAUGUUUCUUAACAAUAAAACAUAAAACUAGCAUAGACUCUAUUGACACACUAGAAAUGAUUUGAUGAAGGGGAAUAAAGGUUGACACAAUUGUGAAGAUGACAUAACGAAAAAGGACAAUCAUAUUUUCUCCUGUUGUACACUAUUACCUAUUUUCUCAUUAUGAAUCUAUGGUUUGUGAUAUGUCACUUUUAACACCAAGGUUUAAUUUAUGUUGUAUAAGCCUUUUAUUCUCGUUUUUAUUUAGUGGGUAUAUUUUGAAUUAGCUUGUGGUACUUUCACUGUGAAUUCCAAGACUCCCUGAAAAACAAGAGCCACUGAUUCCCCAAAUAUCCUAAAGUCUCUGUUGUUACAAAAUUUCUGCAUCUCUCGCAACCUUCUACAAGGGAGGUGACAACGCUUAACUGUAGUUUUUUUUUCACAAAUUAUUUGGAGAUUUCAUAAGCAAGAUUAUAUAGCAUUAAUGGCA